AUGAGAGAAAGAAUCAGAAUUUUCAACCUGUUGUUGUAUAAAAAUUUGUUGGUACGCGUCAGGCAUUGGAAGACAGCUUUGUUCUUGCAAUGUUUAGUACCUAUUGCCUUGUUUGUAUUGAUACAAGCUGUAAGAGAUUUUAGUGUUCAACCGCCUCGUGUAAUUAAUAACAGUACCUAUUAUUCACUGGAAACUAAAGAAGAAUUGACAAAGGUAAACACAGAUUUUACAUUCCUAUAUUAUGUACCACGAAAUGAAUAUAUAGCCCACAUUGUGGAGGAUAUCAGAAUGUGUUUAAGCUUGCCAUCUGAAAAGGUGGCUGGAUUUUUGUCUGAAGACGAAAUGAUAGAAACUUAUACAGUCUUAGAAGCUACAUUUCCAACUACGAAUUUAGUAGCUCUUGUCUUUGAACAAUAUAAUACAAGCAGUAUAAGGUAUAAAGUUAGACAUGCCUUCAAAAUACCAAAUAUAUUAUUCCAAAAUGUUUUGGAUCAAUCAUCAUAUAAUACACACAGUUUAUAUUUUAAUGCUAUACCGUUUGUACAGUUACAAACAUGUGUUGAUGAAUCUCUAAUAAAUCUUACAGCAUUACAUUCAACGCCAGGUGUAAAGGUGUCAAUACAAAGAAUGCCAUAUCCACCAUAUGUUAAAAUAGAUGAAUCUGAUAUAAUAUUAAGACUGGUGAUAUGUAUGUUUGCAGUUAUUGCUUUUCUAAUCCCACUUUGUAUAGAAACAAAUCAUGCAACGAAGGAAAAAUAUAUUGGUGUGAAUGUUUUAAUGUCAAUGAACGGAGUGAAACAGUAUAUGAAUUUACUUAGUUGGUUAACCACAGGCAUACUAUUCAGUAUUUUUUAUAUUGUACCAAUCAUAGUAUUAUUUAAAAAUACAUUUUCGGGAAAUGUAGAUCCGUAUUUGUAUUACAGUAAUACUUUUAUAUUUUGGUUAAUACUUACAGUCCAUGUAGCUCAUUUAAUAUCAUUUGGUAUGCACGUCUCCGCAUAUUUUUCAAAACCACGUUUCGUAAUAAUAACGCUAUCAAUCGUUUACACUGCUUCGUUUUCGCUUCAUGGAAACUUAGUGAGAAACCAAGUGUUUUCUGUAAUACCGUAUUUGGGAAUAGUGUUUCCAAAUAUUCUACUGUACAGAUUUCUGGAGGAGGUGAACGCAUAUGAAGCACAGUUAACUGGCAUUCAAUGGUCAAACAUGUUUUUUGUUGGAGAUGCACAAUAUAAUACUGUUGGAUGCAUUGGAUUUAUAUUAAUAUUUUCACUAUUGGGUCUCUUAUUACAUUUCACACUUGCAGUAUAUGUUAAUGCACUACUUCCAGGAAAGUAUGGAAUACGCAAAGAACCACUCUAUUUUUUUAAGUAUUUUAAGAAGAACAAAGUAAAUCUCGAUACGGUUAUCGACGAUUUCGAUUAUGAUAAGAUAGAUAACGAAAAUUUUGAACCAGUUAAAAGGGGUGUACUCAUCCCUGGGGUACAGAUCCGUAAUCUAAAGAAAACCUAUAGAACCGGUUUUCUACGUAAAACGACAGUCCAAGCUGUGAAAGGAAUUUCAAUGGAUUUAUAUAAAGGGCAAAUAACAGCAUUGUUAGGUCAUAAUGGUGCUGGAAAGACUACACUCAUGUCUAUCAUAACAGGCGUAAUAAGUUCAACAGAAGGAGAUGUUUUUGUAAACGGUAAAAAUAUUAAGACCCACUUGGAAUUUAUUAGAAGCAAUCUGGGAUUGUGUCCUCAGGAAAACAUGGUUUUCCCUGAUCUGAAUGUAAUCGAACAAUUAGAAUUCUUUGGUUUAUUGAAAGGUUCACAUAAAACGCGUAAAGAAAUCAAAGAGGAUGUUAUGAUGUUACUUGAUAAGUUGAAUUUGAUUGAAAAAAGAAAUGCCCUGCCAAACACAUUAUCAGGUGGACAGAAGAGACGGCUGUGUCUUGGAAUGGCUCUUGUUGGUGAUGCUAAUAUUAUAAUCUUGGAUGAACCAACUUCUGGAAUGGAUCCUGAAACCAGGAGAGAUAUAUGGGACAUUAUAUUGAAAAUAAGAGGAAAGAAAACAAUUUUGAUUAGUACACAUAAUAUGGAGGAGGCUGAUAUCCUGGGGGACAGAAUUGCAAUUGUACAUGGGGGAAAAUUGAAAUGUUACGGGACGUCACUAUUUUUAAAGAAACAGUAUGGGUACGGCCACAUAGCAGUUACCUUGUCGACUAAAUCAUGGUGUAAUCCCGAUAAAGUUAUAGGUAAAUUUGAUCGACGAACGCAACAAGUAAGUGUGGACAGCGAGAAGAUUGUUCUUAGUGUUCCGAAUACAACGAAUUUGCCAGAAUCUUUAGACAGUGUGGAAAAUCAGAAGCAGGAUCUAGGCGUUACGGGAAUCAGUGUAUCGCUUAUCACCUUAGAAGAAGUAUACUUAAAAGUUAUUAAGAAGGAGGACAAUGGAAAACAUCUGAAUGAAGUAUUCUGUCCUCCAUCACAACGGGUAGAUGGUUGGACUCUAUAUACACAGACAAUUUUAGCACUUUAUCACAAGAAACUGACAUACACUGUGAAAAAUUUAAGCAAUACACUAUUUACAUUGUUUUUCCCGAUUCUGUCAGUUGUGUUAAUGGGGCUAAGUUACGAUUCACCAAGAGAAACAACAAAUGUAUUUCCAAUAGAACUUGAUAUGUACAGAAGUCCUAAAGCUCUGUAUUCAUAUCAGAGUAAUACAUUAGGUAUACAUUACAAAAACGUGGUAGAACAUUUUGGAGGAUCUUCGACGGAAGUGACAAGAAAUCAAAGUGUUACACAAGCUUUAUUGGAUCACGCCGUAGAAAAUAUUGCCGAGUAUCGUAAUAGGUAUAUUGUCUCGGCAGAAUUCAAUAUUUCCGAUGAAGUAUUGUAUGCAAAUGGUUUUUAUUCUGGUAUUGCGAUUCAUAGUAUCCCAAUAACCAUGAAUCUGCUAUCAAAUGUAUUGAUCAAAAGCUUUGCCGGCGAGGAGUACUCUAUCCACGUAUCAAGCCAGCAAUUACCGAGUAGUCUUUCCUCGACGCAAUUAUACAUGCCAGAAACGGAAUCGUUAAGCCGUGUCAUGGUGUUUUGUUGCAUUUUCUUUCCCACCGUGGCACUUUUCGUUGUUCAUCCCUUCCAAGAAACAGAAACCAAAAUGAAACAGUUACAAAGAAUGACAGGAGUUACAUCCACGUCGUAUUGGAUUACCAUGUUCACGUUUGACUUUAUAGUUCUUACAGCAUCCGUACUUAUAAUCACGUUGGGAUUCUAUGUCAUGGAUGUUAUUCUAGAUAUCCGUUUGUAUUACAAAACAGAGAUAUUGGUCAUGAUACUGACGCUGCUGCUCUUUGGUGUCAACUCUUUGUUAAUAACCUAUAUCUUCAGCUUCUCGAAUAAAUCAAGGAAUGGUAUAGUAACUAUGUUGAGUCUUGCACCUAUUGGACUUGUUCUGUUGCAGUACCUUUUUCACGAAGUGAUUCACAGCUUUGACAGUUUGAAAGUAUUACACAUAAUUCAGAAGAGACUAUUCCGUUUGAUACCUCAUGUGAGUUUAUUCCAUGGCCAUUUGUCUUUCUACAAUGUGUCCAUACAAAAUGCGAGAUGUCGUCGAUUACCAAGUCGAUUGCUGGACGUUGUAUGCCUUGGCGUGAAGGACAUUUGUUGCGGUUUGGAAUGUGAUAAUGGAAAUUGCAAAAAUCAACUCUCAUAUUUUUCCAAUGGUGACACUGACAUGAGUUUGACAGAAUGCGUAGUGUAUUUAGCAAUCACGCCUUUAAUAUACUUUUCCCUGCUUAUUAUAAUAGAGGAGGGGGUCUUCGACAAAUUACGUGUUAAGAUAUUCGGUAAGCAUUUAAGAAACCCCCUUGACGUAAAUGACGGACAAGUGGAGAAAGAGAAGCACGCUGUUGCAUCGGAGAUUAGGAAACGGAGAAAUUGUGGUAUAGCCACUGGGGAAGGAAAUAUCGAGCCAAUUCCCACGAUCGAUAUGAGUUACUUAGAAAGUUCAGAGACGCACAACGAUAGUCUAUUUUUGGUUUAUGAACUGAGCAAAUAUUAUGGAAAGUUAAUGGCGGUGAGAGAAAUCAAUUUUCGAGUGAGGCAACGCGAAUGCUUCGGAUUGCUUGGCGUCAAUGGCGCCGGAAAGAGUACCACGUUCAGAAUGUUGACUGGUGAAGAAGUACCUAACAGCGGUACCAUGUACUUAGGAAAGUCAGAUAUUAAUACGGACAGAAAAAAUUAUCUUGCUCAAAUGGGAUACUGCCCGCAAACCGACGCUUUGCUCGGGUCUUUAAACUCGUUCGAUCACCUUCGCCUAUUUGCGCUGCUCCGUGGUAUACCCAAGUCAAAAGUGGACUUAGAAGUGAAUAAAUGGAUCAAUCGACUUAACCUGAACGCAUGCAUGUCCCAACCGAGCAGUACUUACAGUGGAGGUAACAAGAGACGUUUGAACAUCGCGAUGGCACUAAUAGGAAAUCCAACUCUCGUUUUGUUGGAUGAACCAACGACAGGCGUUGAUCCUGCUGCCAGGCGGUCUUUGUGGAAUAUACUUCAGUCCUGCCAGGCAAUGGGACAAGCUAUUAUACUUACUUCUCACAGCAUGGAAGAAUGCGAGGCUCUAUGCAAUAGACUAGUCAUUAUGGUGAAAGGUCAAUUGGUUUGCAUCGGUGCUAGCCAGGAAUUGAAGCAACGUUUCGGCGCUGGUUACGAUAUUGAUAUUAAAUUAAACCCAAGCAGAUCGGACGACGAUCUUUGCACUAUAAAGAAUACUAUAGAGUCUUCUUUGGCAUGUGAAAUCAGGGACGAGAAUUUGGGUUUUAUCGCUUAUCAUGUAAGUGAUUCUGGGACGACGUGGGAAAAAAUGUACAACACAAUGAAUAAUCUGAGAACUCGAUUCAGUUGUAUCGAGGAUUACGCUGUCUUAUCGGCCACGUUGGAACAGCUUUUCAUUCAAUUCGCCAGAGGUUCCGAAUCAUCGAAUCACGAGGAACUUGUAGCUACUACUCCUCAGUCAGUAGUUGUAUAAAUAUUUUGGCAAUGGACUUUCCUUUCAAGCGUAAAGCGCAUUUACGCCAUACUGUAUUACGUUCGAGAAUUCUACCGAGAACGAUGUACAUUCCCGACUGUGUAAAAUGUGCGUAUUAUACAAAAGUAUUUAUUGUGAAAUAAUAUACCGCGAAACAACUUGUAACUUGGUUUACAAUCAUUGUUCGUGAAAAUGAAACGAAUUCGUCUAUUACGAUUCCGUCUAGAUGAUUGGAUGGGGGCCUGUUGGUAGGGCAACGAUUCAGAAUAAAACACUUGUGUUUUGUAUAAAUAAAAAAAAAUUACAUGAACGAUAUAUUCUUAUGUACAUAAGUCCGUCUUUAAAUAUGAUUAUUGUAAUGAGAACAGAAUUGAUUCGUGUAUUACGCAAUGACUUUCACGGUUGUCGUCGUCUAAU